CAUUGCUGCGAGCGAGCAGGCGGAGAGGAACUGCAUCUAAAAACCGACUUGGAAAAACUACUUAGCGAGCUUUGGACCAGUGCUCAUUCGCUGGAUAAUUAUCCUUCUCCUGUUUUCCUUCUCAGAGCUCCUAGUCUCGGCCUUGAGAGGGCACCAGCAUGAGUCAGGAGUCUGACAGAGACUCUGCUCAGGAUGCGUCUGACUUUAACUGGGAUGAAUACCUGGAGGAGAAUGGAGCCGUGUCCGUGCCCCAUCAGGCCUUCAAACAUGUGGACCAGGGCCUGCAGACAGGACUGACUCCAGGCAUGAAGCUGGAGGUGUGUGUGCGCUCAGAGGCCGGCAGUCCAUACUGGGUGGCCAACAUCAUCACCACAUGUGGCCAGCUGCUGCUGCUACGCUACGAGGGCUACCAGGAUGACCGGCGUGCCGACUUCUGGUGUGACCUAAUGACGGCAGACCUCCACCCGCUGGGCUGGAGCCGCCAGCAUGGGAAGACAAUGAGGGCCCCCGAGGGUGUGCGUGAGAAGCACCAGGACUGGGAGGCUCUGUUGGAAAAGGCCCUGGCUGAGGAGUGCAGCGCGCCUGCCAACCUGCUGGAAUUGCCCCAGCGUGGUAGAGACCCAGUGGAGCUCCUGUGUGCAGGCUGCUACGUGGAGCUCCAGGACAGUGUUGACCUGGGGCUUGCCUGGGCUGCUGAGGUGGAGGAGAACGUCGGAGGAAGGCUGAAGCUGCGCCUGGUAGGCACCGAGGGCCUCCCAGACACGCCUGCAACCCUUUGGCUCUUUUACCUCCACCCACGCCUCCACCCACCUGGCUGGGCCAAAGAGCAUGGCUGCACCCUCAGGCCUCCCUUGGACCUGUUGGCCCUGCGGACAGAGGGAGAGUGGGAGGAGGUGAGACAGAGGAUCAGUGACCUGCCCCAGGAUGAAGCACUGACUACAGAGUUCAGUAAGGAUCAGCCUGCCAUUGCUGCUCAUUGUUUCAAGGAAGGAAUGAAACUGGAGGCUGUUGACCCUGGUGCUCCUAUUUCCAUCAGGCCUGCCACUGUGACCAAGGUGUUCAACGAGCAGUACUUCCUUGUGAAGAUGGACGACCUUUGUGGUAUUGAGGAGGGUGCUGGGAGGUCCUUUCUGUGUCACAGAGACAGUCCAGGAAUCUUCCCUACUCAGUGGAGCCUCAAAAACGGAAUCUCUCUCAGCCCCCCACCAGGAUACCAGGGUCCAGACUUUGACUGGGCGGAUUACCUGAAACAGUGCGAGGCUGAGGCAGCUCCUCAACAUUGCUUCCCAACUGAGCAGUGUGACCACAGCUUCAAAGAGGCCAUGAAACUGGAGGCUGUUAACCUGCUGUCACCUGAGAACAUUCAUGUGGCAACUGUCACCAGGGUCAAAGGGCAAUACAUUUGGCUCAGCCUGGAAGGACUCAAGCAGCCCAUGCCAGAGCUGAUAGUUCAUGUGGACUCCCUCGACAUCUUCCCUGUCAGCUGGUGUGAGACAAACGGCUAUCCACUCGUCUACCCCAUCAAACCCUCAGUUGAAAAGGAGAGGAAGAUUGCUGUGGUACAGCCUGAGAAACACCGAAUUCCACCUAAGUCAUCGUCACCUGACGCUGUCAAGCAGCAGAUGGCCAACCAGUCAGAGACAGGGCAGGGGAAUGGGAAAUACUGCUGUCCCAAGAUCUACUUCAACCACCGCUGUUUCUCUGGGCCUUACCUUAACAAGGGACGCAUUGCAGAGCUUCCUCAGUUCAUUGGCCCUGGAAACUGUGUCCUUGUGCUCAAAGAGGUAUUGACUUUGCUGAUAAACUCGGCAUACAAGCCCAGUCGUGUGCUGAGAGAGCUGCAGCUGGACCAGGAGAGCCGCUGGCAAGGCCAUGGAGAGACGCUUAAAGCCAAAUACAAGGGAAAGAGUUACCGGGCCACUGUGGAAAUAGUCCGCACUGCAGACCGUGUGGCAGACUUCUGCAGGAAGACCUGCAUCAAGCUAGAGUGCUGCCCGAACCUGUUUGGACCUUGCAUGGUUCUGGAGCGCUGCUCGGAGAACUGCUCCGUCCUCACAAAGACCAAAUACACAUAUUACUAUGGAAAGAAGAAGAGUAAACGUGUUGGCCGUCCACCUGGGGGCCACUCCAACCUGGAAGGUGGAGUGAAGAGAAGAGGGAGGAGGAGGAAGAGAAGGAAACAGCUGUUUGUACAUAAGAAGAGACGCUCCUCAGCCUCAGUGGACAACACCCCUGCUGGGUCUCCACAGGGCAGCGGAGAGGAAGAAGAUCUGGAUGAAGAUGACUCCCUGAGUGACUCUGGGUCUGAGCUGCAGGACGAUCUCCAGGAUGAUUCUGAACAAUCGAUUGGGAAGUCUCAGCCCACCACGCCGUCCCCCUCCCCACCAGCGACACCUAGGCCCACACGCCGGCGCCGGAGACCCCACUCCCCCUCAUUCUCUGAUGAUGAGAACCGACCUCCUUCACCAAAGACGUCAAAGGUUGAGCCUCCUCCGAAGUUGUGUUUGGACACCAGUCCGCUAGAGUGGAGCGUUACUGAUGUGGUUCGCUUCAUCAAGACCACUGACUGUGCACCUCUUGCACGGAUUUUCUUGGAUCAGGAGAUUGACGGACAGGCACUGCUGCUGCUGAACCUCCCAACAGUGCAGGAGUGCAUGGACCUGAAGCUGGGACCGGCCAUCAAGCUGUGUCACCACAUUGAGAGGGUCAAGCUGGCAUUUUAUCAGCAGUUUGCUACAUAGCUGACGGGGAAUGAACAUGGACACGACUACAUACUGUUCUGUGUAUUAAUUCUGUGAAAAACACUCUAUUUCCCCAUUUUGACUUUUCCAGCACUGGACAUCCUUUAGAAUCCGGCAUAUACCACAUUGUGUUAGACAAAACCGUGGACAUGAAUCAUGUGAACAAAGAAGCGCUGCAUAAGAAUAAACAUGUGCUCUUUAGGAAAGACACAAACACACACACACACACACACUUCUUAACUUAUGUGUCUUCAGAAUGUCUCAGAUUCUUCUUUUAUUUCCUCUUUCUUUAUGAGGAUGACCGAGUGCCAGUGCCACAACUCCAUUGGUCUGUUGUUUUCAUUCAUGAUUUCCAGCCUCCCCUGCUGUCUCUUAAAGGGAAUACCACUGAAUCACAGCUUUUACUUGUCAUACUCAGCACUAGAAUAUUUGGUAUCUGCUCGUCAACAUUUGCUAUUAACUGCUGGAGUCAGAAAUCAGGUGGUCUUGCCUCAAAUCUGGUGAUUUCACACUGAAGUCUAAUUUCGAAAAGAUGUUAAAAAAUGUUGGUCCAAAUAAGACUAAAUGCAGUGUGUAUAUAUAUAUAU